AUGGGAUAAAUCUGUAAGAGUUGUGAAAAAUAGAAUGUUGAUAAAAGUGAAAUAAGAAUUGAAUCAUCUUCAUUACAUUAAGACAUGAAAUUUAUUGAAGAUUUUGAAUUCGUCAGUGGUUUAGAUAAAUUGGAAUCAUCAAAAAAAAUGAGUAUGCUCACUUUUUAAAAUAAAAAUAACAGUAGUAGUUACCCUCAUGGAGACUCAUUCUAUUAAGGAUCUCUUUUUAGUGUUGUAACUCCUGAUUUUAGUGCUUUUUCUUCUAAUUUAGUAUAGUGA